ACAGCAACGGCGCGCAAACUGGUCCUUACUUCUAGUUCUCCUUUUAACCUUUUACCCUUUACAUAACAACAUGAAUUCUGGAGCCUUGAAGUAGUCGAUGGCUUGCUAGCUGCAGGACCGAUUGAAUAAUAAUAGCUCGAAAAUGUCAAGCUAGACGAAACCUACAUGCACAUCAUACCUCUUGGCCAAUAUCUUCCACACUGGCGCGAGGAGCAGGACGCCUCAUCCUACUCAUCUCGCCGUUCUCCCUCUCCCCGGUAGUUGGGUGGGUGACGCCAAGGUGCGCGUGCGUGGGUACAUGGCCGACGCGGCGGCAGCCCAGAAGGAUGACCAUACCGGCGGCAGCACGUGUGAGAUAGAGGAGUUGGAGCAGGAGGAGCGGGGAGUCUCCUCCACCGACGCGCAUGGCGAGGCCUCCGGCGCCAAGGCGGACGACGUGUACGUGGCGGUCGGCAAGGGCGGGUCCAGCGCGGCGGCGCUGUCGUGGGCGCUGCGGCGCCUCACCAAGUCCUGGAGCUUCGUCUACCUCGUGCACGUCUUCCCCGUGGUCACCAGCAUCCCCACCCCAUUAGGAAUGAUGUCGAAGAGCCAAGCGAGCCCAGAGCAGAUAGAAACUUACUUGAACCAAGAGAGAUCUAAAAGACGAGAGAUGCUGCAGAAGUUCCUGGACCAGUGCCGCAAAUUUCAGGUUAAUGUCGAUGUGUACCUCAUCGAGAGCGAUCAAAUUGCUAACGCGAUCAUCGAACUUAUUCCUGUCCUGCACAUAAAACAGCUCGUAUUGGGUGUUUCAAAGUCCAAUGUGCGGAAGUUGAAGAGAGGAAGCACAAUAGCAGGACAGGUACAGAAGAGCGCACCUCUCUACUGCGAAGUCAAGAUUAUCUGCGAUGGCAAAGAAGUGACAACGGUGACAACUGCUGAUCCAACACCACCACUGUCACCUUCUCCUGCAAAUAACAGCAGCAAGUCCAACAACCCGACACCACCAUCUUCUAGACCUAAUCAUGAUAAAGCAACUGCAAAUGAUGACAAAAUGGACAGUGAACCCAGAGAAAGAAAGAAAAUCACAAAGUUUUUUAGAUGCUUCUCAUUAUGAUUAUCGUUUAGGAACUGAGCCUAACUCAGUUGGUUGAGAGUGUGGAUGUACACCUAAACUAUUCAGGUUUGAAUCCUCUUCGACGUGAAUUUAGGUGUUUAUUUCUUCUUAUUUAUAAUGUCAUCUAGUUCCUCCUAGGUUGGUCGAGUUUUUGUUUUUAAAUUAUGAUUAUCAUUUGCUGUUUUCAGUUACCUUUAGAGCUAGCACAUUGUAUGCAUCAUGAUCAGACAGCAUAUAUUUGUUAUUAACAUUUUUGCCAA